AUGCUUGUUAAACAGCUGCUACCUGAGAUCUGCCAUUUUAUUCACACACAUCGAGAGGGCAACCAGCAUGCUGCCGAGCUGCGGAUUUCUGCAUCAGGAGUCCUGUUCUCUUUAAGCUGCAAUAAUUUCAAUGCAGUUUUCAGUCGAAUUUCUACCAGGCUGCAAGAGCUGACAGUUUGUUCGGAGGACAAUGCUGACGUUCACGAUAUAGACUUGAUACAAUACAUUAAUGUGGACUGUGCAAAACUGAAAAGGCUGCUACAAGAGACGGUUUUCAAAUUUAAAUCCCUGAAGAAAGUGGCACAGUUGGCG